AUGAACUUUCUCUUCAUCCUCGCCAUUCUCGCUCAGAUCUGCUCAGCCCGAUUCAUUUCCGGUCGACGAUUUUACUCUGGAGACCGAUACAACCGAGUUGUUGCUAACCAGCCACGAUUCUCUGGACAUUACCGCCCGAGAACAAUUUACUACUCCAAUAUUGUGAAUAACUUCAAAAUCGCUUUCAACCACAAGCACGUCAAGUCCGUUAAAUCCGUCAACAAUAACAACGACCUCUUCAACAAUUUUGACAAAUACGCUGUCAACUUCAGCACAUUCAACAUCUUCAUCUUCUGCUCAUUCGACAAUAUCGACAACAGCUUUAUCUUCUUCUACUUUACCGACAAUUUCUACUGUUUCAUCAAUAUCUUCGACAUCAACAACGAAAAGCCCAGUAACUCCGACAAAUUCACUCACCAGUACAUCAAUAACCCCAGAUUCAACAACACAAGCAACAUCUCCCUCAAUAACAACUACAUCUGUGUCGUCGACAUCGACAAUUAUGAUAACCACAACAACGUCAACAACUACGACUAA